ACAGCUAAAUUUAAAAACGUAAUGGUGAUUCAGUCGCAAGCGCCAAAAUGACCAUGUAAACAACAUCUUUUUGUGGCAAGUUUCAACUUAUAUUUUUAAAAUGUCAAGACAGCCGAGUCCUACCAGAGAUAAACGUGUUAUCAAUUUAGCAUCUGAGGUAGCAGAGACACGAGACAGACGUAUUCCAAUUUUACUACUAAGGCUGAAAGAAAUCCUUAGCACAGCUGUAGCUGGAAGCAAAGAUGGUAUGAGAAUUAGGAAAGAAAUAUGGGAAUACAAUCUGUUGCAAGCCCUGGUUUUAGUUUUGAAACAAGACUUUUCCAUUGUGGAUGGAGAAUGGCAAAUUGCUGCUUCACUGGCUGCUAUACUCAGUCAAGUAUGUACAGGCCUAGAUCUUCCUAGUGCAGAAGUAAAGAAGUUUGAGGAUGAGGUGCUACUUGAAGCCGUCAGCAAUAUGUUCUUAGUGACCAGGCGUAUACAAGCAAGAUAUGCCAAGAUUCCAGACAGGGCUGGUCACAUGAAGGAAAGAAAUAAAUUACUUGCAUGUUACAGAGGUGUUUUGGAAUCUAUUGUAUAUUUAGCCUCAGGUCACACAAGUGUGCCCAAAAAAGUAUUGGAAUGUCCAUGGUUAUUACAAUUACUGAUCACAGAUGACACCGACACAGUUGUAGCUAUAAUGGAUCUCAUACCAAAAAUACUCAGGGUUAACAGAAUUGUCCUAAGAAGUUUGAACCAGAAGUUAAUUCUCAGUAUAAUGGAUGAAUUAAUUUAUAAACUGUCUGUUAGUAAUGAAGUCAGUGUUGGAGCGUCUGCUUGCAAGUGUGUAUUGAGAAUCUGUGAGAAUCAUCGACCUUUAGUAGAAACCUUGUGUACAAGAUAUAAAGGCUUAAGGCCAUUAUUAGCCAAAUGGGAAGGAGCAGGAUUUAGUCGAGAUUUGAAAGAAAUUCAUCUUUUACUUCAAGCAGGGAAUGCACAGAAAGCUGAAAAUGAGAGAUUUUUUCGAGCUGCUAUUACUAUCCAAGCUGUAUGGAAAGGAUUUAUUACAAGAAAGAAGCUGGUGAAAGCUAACAAAACAUUCUCCAAAUUUCAACAACAAUAUAGAUUAAAGAAAAGGGUAUUAGAAGAAAGAAAAGUACAGGCAAAGGAAGCUAUAGAAUUACAGAGACAACUAAAGUUAAAUAGACAAAGAAUAAUGAGGGAAUUUAAAGAGAAACAAUUACAUACUGUAGAAAUUUUACCAGCAGCCAUGCUGGAAAGGUACAUGCAGAGACAACAGAAUAAAUCUGCUGUUCUUAUACAGAAAUCCUGGAGGGGUCAUCAUGCACGAAACAGCAUGCAAGACCGAGAAGUAUUUGUUAAACGUUAUAGAGCAGCGAUAACUGUCCAGCGUGCUGUUAGAAAAUGGUUGAAGAAGCUUGAAGACAAAAGAAAUAAAAUUAAAGCAUCACUCAAACCUCCUGGACUCACUGAUGACAGAAGAGUAGAAAUACAAAGACUUAUUAACCAGAACAGGGAAUUAAAACCAACUGUGUAUACAUCAAGAGAAGAAUUAGAACAAGGACAUAAAAAAGCAUCAGAAAUGUUAGCUCGUUAUUAUCAAUCUGCAAGGGUAAACAGAGAAAAACAACACCACAGGGAAGCUUUAAUAGCCAGAUUAAAUGUAGACUCUGAACUUGUACAUUUGGCACCACCAUUAAACAGUGUUACAGAUAAAGAUGUAGAAAUGUAUUCAAGUAAUUUGUUACCAGUAGCAACCAAAGCAAAAACAAAUCAUAUUGAACAAUUACGAUUACUACGGCAACCCUGGUGGAAAAAGUUAUGUGAUGAAUAUCAGGACCAGGAAUAUGUUGAUGAUGAACAAAUUAUAUUUUAGAGCUAGAUUUUCAUGAUUUUAGAAUAAGUUCUCUCUGACGUACAAUAAAGAUAUUGCAUUUGGUUAAAAUUGUUCAUAGUUGAAUGUUAUAUUCUAUAAGCAAUGAUAUUGAUCAAAAUUCAUGUAAUAACCAAUGAUGACUAAAAAGUUAUGUUUAUUAAAACAUAGUUAAUGUAAACAAGUGGUACUACAGAAGUGCUUUACCAUCAAAUAGUGCUGGCUUACUGUUAGUUAAAUUCUACAGGGAAUUUGUAAUAGAACAAUUAAUAGUAGUUUUUACUUAAAUGGAAAGGUUUAGGUGGAGUAAAUGAUAAAACAUCAAAAUAAGAAAUUAUUUUCAAACACAUUUGUAGCCAUUUUUUUGUUCACUAUUGCAAUGGUAUGAGUAUAAAAAAAAAAUGAAAAUGUGGUUAAAGAUGGUUCAAGGUAAUUAAAGUGCAUGCUUUAAAAAUAAAGAAAGUUAUCAAGUUAUUUAGAAACCAUAUUAACACUUUUAUCCAUUUAAUAUAAUUAAAGACACCUUUUAUUAAUAUUAGAUUGCAUUAAACACAUAUUUUUGUUUGUAGACCAUUGAAUCCGUCCAUUUAGUGUCUGUGAUACUGUAUAUAUAUUUAUUUUUCAAUGAUAAAUAUUAUAUUUCUAUA